AGCACACAAAGACUGUGUAGUGACAGGUACAGAAGGGUGUAGAGCGCAGCUGCCCAUACAGACUGGAGUCUGCAUGGAACACUAGUGCCUUCCACAGACUCAGCACAGCAUCAGCAUCCCUUGUGCAGAGCCAGCUGCUUGUCGCUAUCACCUGUACCGGGUUUUCUAAUUCUGGGAUUAAGGAUCACAAAAAGCAUUAAAAACGUUAGUAUCAGGAACUUCCAUUUUCCAUCUAACAACUGCACAAGUUUUCAAAAACAUGGAAAAGACGUAUUCUCUGACAGCUCACUAUGAUGAGUUCCAGGAAGUCAAGUACGUUAGCAAGUACAAUAGUAGCAGCACACUUUCUAAUGGCUUUAACAUCCAAGUGAGUUCCAAAAAGCAGUCAAAAGGGAUACCACGCUGGAGCAGGAGGGAGACGUGUCUACUCUCUGGGCUGGUCUUUGCAGCUGGCCUAUGUGUCAUUUUAGGCUGCAUGUUGGUAUUGAAGUAUCUGUCUAUGGACCAGGAUGGGCAAUGCUUAGAAGAAUGCCAGGAGAGAAAAGCUUUCAUGAGGGCAUCAAAAUUUAUCAGCAACAAUAUAGAUGCCACCAUACCCCCCUGUACUGACUUCUAUUCAUUUGCUUGUGGAGGUUGGCUAAGGAGGCAUAGGAUACCGGAGGAGAAGCUGAUUUAUGGCACCAUAGCAGCAAUUGGGGAACAAAAUGAAGAAAAGUUGCAGCAUCUUCUUUUACAACCUGUUAAGAGGAAGCAGAGAGGGUCUUCUGAGAAGAAGGUGAAAGAGUUCUUUAGGUCUUGUCUCAAUAUGAAAGAGAUUGACCGUUUGGGAACAAUCCCAAUGCUGCAAGUUCUUGAGGACUGUGGUGGUUGGGAUUUGCCAGAUUACUCCAAACACAGGUGGGACUUUAAUGAACUGCUCUAUAAAACACAAGGAGUAUACAGCACAGCCGUCUUCUUCUCACUGACAGUAAACUUAGAUGACAAAAACUCUUCCAGAUAUGUCAUUAGGAUUGAUCAAGAUGGCCUGACACUCCCAGAGAGAACACUUUACCUGGGACAAGAUGAAGACAGUGAAAAGAUUUUGGUAGCCUACAAAGAGUUCAUGCAGAAGAUCCUAAGCCUCUUGGGCGUUGAACAUAUUCAAAAAAAGGCCCAGGAAAUUCUAGCUCUAGAACAGGAUCUUGCCAAUAUCACAAUCUCGGAAUUUGAUGACAUCCGACGUGACAUUAGCACUGUGUACAACAAGGUCUCCAUAUCUCAACUGCAACAAUUAGCACCAUAUAUUAAAUGGAAACGCCUCUUGGACAGGAUAUUCCAUGAAAACUUUUCUGAAGAUGAAGAGAUUGUUGUGUUGGCCACAGAUUAUAUGCAGAGAGUAUCUGAUAUGAUACGUACAACACCAACAAGUGCCCUGCACAAUUACAUGCUAUGGCGACUUGUGGUAGUCCUAAGUGAACAUCUUUCCACUCCCUUCCGAGACGCCCUUCACGAAUUGUCCAAAGAGAUGGAGGGUUCAGAGAAGCAGCUGGAGCUGGGAAAAGUAUGCCUUGCUCAGGCCAAUAAACAUUUUGGGAUGGCACUGGGAGCGUUGUUUGUAGAAGAAUAUUUCUCAUCAUCCAGUAAAGCCAAGGUGCAACAACUUGUUGAAGACAUUAAGUAUAUAUUAGACAACAGGCUGGAUGAGUUAGACUGGAUGGACAAGGAAACCAAAGAAGCUGCAAGAGCGAAGCUGAAGCAUAUGAUGGUGAUGAUCGGAUAUCCUGAUUUCCUGCUCAAACCAGAAGCAAUGGAUAAAGAAUAUGAAUUUGAGGUUCAUGAGAAGACCUAUUUCAAGAACAUUCUGAACAGUAUUAGGUUCAGCAUCAAACAGUCAGUAAAGAAGAUCCGACAGGAAGUGGAUAAGUCAGCAUGGCUACUCCCUCCCCAGGCCCUCAAUGCCUACUAUCUCCCUAACAAGAACCAAAUGGUGUUUCCUGCUGGUAUCCUGCAACCUACACUCUAUGAUCCAGAUUUUCCCCAAUCUUUAAACUAUGGCGGCAUUGGCACCAUCAUCGGGCAUGAGCUCACACAUGGAUAUGAUGACUGGGGGGGACAAUAUGACUCAUUUGGGAAUCUUAUCCAUUGGUGGACUGAGGAAUCCUACAGCAAAUUCCUAAAGAAAGCAGAAUGUAUUGUAGAUCUGUAUGAAAACUUCACUGUGUACAACCAGCGGGUAAAUGGAAGGUUAACUUUAGGAGAAAAUAUUGCAGACAUGGGUGGCCUUAAAUUAGCAUAUCAUGCUUACCAGAAGUGGGUUAGAGAAAAUGGCCCAGAACGCCCAUUACCUCGUCUGAAAUAUACACAUGAUCAGCUGUUUUUCAUUGCGUUUGCACAGAACUGGUGUAUUAAGAGAAGGUCACAGUCUAUAUACCUGCAAGUCUUGACCGAUAAGCAUGCUCCUGAACAUUACCGGGUUAUGGGCAGCGUCUCCCAGUUUGAAGAGUUUGGAAGAGUGUUCCACUGUCCAAGAAAUUCCCCCAUGAACCCGGUUGAGAAAUGUUCUGUGUGGUGAUCCAUGGAGGGCUUAGCAAAUAUUAGCUCCACCACAGCACAAAUACUCCUUGUGUCUAAAUCAGGAGAAGAAUGUCUACGUGUGCCUUCUAUACUAAGAGACAAAGGAUUACUGAGCCCUUGUCACCCCUUAUGUCUAUGGUUCAUUGAGUUCUUCACAUACACAGAUGAUUUUCUGACAUCAAUACAAAAUGACAUGGAAAGAUCUUCCCAUCUCUGGAAAAUAACGCUAUGGAUUUAUUACAACAGGUGAUUUGGGGCCAUAAAUUCCCAACAAUGGUAUAGUUAGAGGUAAAGAUGGGAUAUUUUAUACUCAAAAUGGCCUACUAGGACAUUGGGAACCUACAGUAAUGGAUUGUUCCUUCAGUUGGCAGCAGAUGCUAUGGAAAUAGACAACCAACCAUGAAGAUUCAUUACAAGUCUUUACUUUUCACGUUGGAACUGGUAGUUGGGAACAAAUGAAUCAUUAUUAAUAUCUGAUCAUAUGCAAAGACUGGUUACCGAGCCUUUGGCACCCUCUAUGAAGGAGUUGUUAAAGCUUUUCAGUUUAUAGAGCACCUUACACCCACUACGGGUUUAAGUUUCCUACAUAUCCAUGGAUCCAUACUGGAUGAUAACCAUGGCCCAGAUUUAUCAAACUGCGUGAGAGAAAAAAUGGAGAGAUUUUCCCACAGCAACCAAUCACAGCUCAGCUUACGAGCUCUGGUAAAGUGAAAGCUGAGCUGUGAUUGGUUGCUGUGGGAAAUUACUCUAUUUUUUUCUCACACAGUUUGAUUAAUCUGGGCCCAUAUCCUUUGCAUCCAUAGAAUGCAGGACUCCAUGUCCCUUGUAUCUACCAUGGAUAGUGUGAAGACCAUUUCUCAUAUAUAGAGAAUAUGUUGGUGAUAUGUACAUACAAAAAUCCUAUUUUUGUUUAAUUGCCAAAUAAAAUUUUGCUUUAUAAGUCAUAUGUGUGAAUGGUAUGUUGCUGGAAUGUCAACCACAGUUUUUGUAGUUACUGUACAAAUUUUAAGAAGGUUAAUGUAGUUAUUGCCAUAGUGGGAAAAAUUGGUUAUGUGACUAUAUUUUGAGUUUUAUACUGAUGUAACUGUUGUGCCAAGUACAAUGUUUCAGUUGUUUCAGUCACCAGCAUACUCCAUAUGUACAUUAAUCACAAAAAGACUGGUAUUUUAAAUAUGAUGACAUACCUUUUAUUUCUUAAAGGGGUACUCCACUGGAAAACAUUUUUUUUUU